AUGUCCGUCCACGAGCCAACAGCAGACGUCGAGAACGAAGCAGUCGACAACAAAAAUGCACGAGUACUCUCAACAACGGACGCGUCGACUAGUCUUGGAGUCAAAGACUCGUUCCCAGGAACUGCUCGCGUGAUCGAUUAUGAAGCGGAGCGAGCGCUCUGUCGCAAGUUUGAUUUUCGGUUGUUGCCGAUUUUGGCCUUUAUGUAUCUCUGCAAUGCUCUCGACAAAGGAAAUCUGGGUAAUGCAAAGACGGACGGAAUGGACAAAGACCUGGGCAUGACAGGCAGCCAGUACAACCUACUACUAUCCAUCUUCUUCGUCCCCUUUGUCGUAUUCGCUCCACCAAUUGCCAUGCUGGCCAAACGAUUCAGUCCAGCCAAAGUCAUCUCAUUGAUGAUGUUCAGUUUUGGUUGUUUCACAUUGCUCUCUGCUUCUGUAUCCAAUUAUUCCGGCUUAUUUGCUCUACGAUGGUUUUUGGGAAUGUCCGAAUCCGCGUUCUUCCCGUUAGUUAUUUACUAUCAAACCACAUUCUAUCGCCGUGGAGAGCUGGCGCGACGUCUUGGUAUCUUCUAUGCGGCUUCGAAUAUUGCAAAUGCUUUCUCGGGAUUACUUGCAUUUGGGGUCUUUCAAAUCAAGAACCCGGCACUUCAAGGAUGGAGAUAUCUGUUUCUAAUCGAAGGCGCAUUCACCGUCUGCUUCUCGGUGUUCGCUUUCUUGUAUCUACCACAAAGUCCCCAGCAGGCGCGGUUUUUGACCGAAGAAGAGAAACAACUUGCCUUUUACCGCAUUCAAGUCGACUCUUCCGCCGUGGUCAAUGAAGAAUUCAACCUCCGUCAUGCACUCCGUAUCCUUCAGAGACCUACCAGCUAUGCGUUCCUUGCCAUUGAAAUAUGUCUUGGUGUCCCAUUGCAAGGCGUAUCACUAUUUCUGCCUCAAAUUGUUGCUCGUCUGGGCUAUUCCACUGUCAAAACCAAUUUGUACACCGUCGCACCAAACGUGACUGGCGCCGUGAUGUUGCUCAUACUCGCUUUUUCAUCUGAUGCCACCCGUCUUCGAUCACCGUUCAUUGUGUUAGGGUUCAUAUUCACUCUCGUCGGAUUCGUCAUCUACGCCGCUAUCAACGACGUCACAGCCCAGAUUCAUCUCGCUUAUUAUGCCUGCUUCAUGAUGACUUGGGGCACUUCCGCGCCCUCUGUGUUGCUGAGUACAUGGUACAACAAUAACAUCGCCGACGAAGGACAGCGUGUUUUGUUGACUAGUAUCGGUGUCCCGCUCGCGAAUCUCAUGGGUCUUGUGUCGAGCAACGUCUUUCGGUCACAAGAUGCGCCCAAGUAUUUGCCCGCGCUGGUCACGAUAGCAUCCUUUGGAGGUGCCGGUGCUCUUAUUACUGCUUGUCUAGGGGUGUAUAUGUGGUCUGACAACAUCCGACGUAACCGGAGGGCUGGGAGGAAGAUUGAUGCUCGCGACGUGCCGACGGUGCGUUUGUGGGAUGGGCCUAAGAUGGAGGAAUUUAGGUGGUUUUUAUAA